AUGGAGGGCUACCAACCAGAUAUUCAAGCUCUCCUGCAAGACAUCAGUAGCAACUAUGGAAAUUCUGAAACUAAACAGCCACCUCCCCCAUAUUCGAGACCUAUCUCAAAGUCCUACCAAACUCAAGCAGAACGUUCUUUAGUGCCAAGGCAUGCUUUAGCCCCCGUCUAUGAACAGCAGCUGCUCCAUGGAGCCCAGGCUUCGAGACCUUCAGAUGCCUACUUUCACAGCAGUAACACCGACACUGGCCUUGAUGCAUAUGAUCGAGCCCUUCUAGCCGAGCCUCAACCUCAUUCGUACUGGCAGGCGAACAGUAGCAUGAGAAUGCUACCAGCUGGACGUCUCUCGUUACCUGGCCACACAGCACCGCAUCCGCCUGUGAAUGUAUUGCAGCAACCAAAGGCUCAAGAACGGCGACGCGCUCUGCCUGGGCUCUCUCCACCCGAGGUUCAGUUACGACUAGCUCGAUAUGCACAUACUCCACCUGCUCGGAUUCGUGAGAGCUCACCUCCCUCGGACGCGCUUCCAUCAAGUCCAUCUUUCGUAGCCACUCAGCGGCGAAUCCACCACGAAGCUCAGUGUGACAAUCCUCGUAAUACUCUUGCUUCUUCCCGGGAUCCUCGACCAGUUGUUGUAUCAUCUGUGAGGGAUCCCGAAGAGGGGAUUGUCAAUGAAUAUCGUCCUCACAAUUCUGACAUUUGCCAUGACAACAAUCUUUCUACAGUACCUUCACCUCCGUCGUAUCAACGACGGCUCAAUUCUCAGAUCGAACCUGAUCAUUCCCAGCCAAUCGUUCAAGGCAUCCCACUUGUCUCUUUGAAUGAAAUGCCGGAUCGUCUUCGUUCUGUGUUCCGUUAUCCCCUCUUCAACGCCAUUCAAUCCAAGUGCUUUCCUACUGCUUACAAGUCCGAUGAUAACCUCGUCGUCUCUGCACCAACAGGUGGCGGGAAGACGGCUAUAUUGGAGAUGGCUAUCUGCCGCCUAAUCCACGGCUUCAAGACCGAUCAAUACAAGAUUGUGUACAUGGCGCCUACGAAGUCACUCUGUUCCGAGAGGCAAAGGGAUUGGCAGGCAAAAUUCGUUGCGUUGGAUAUGAAGUGUGCUGAGUUGACUGGUGAUACCGAUCAGGGACAGCUGCGAAACGUGCAGAGCGCGAGCAUUGUCAUCACGACUCCAGAGAAAUGGGAUAGCAUGACAAGAAAAUGGAAAGACCAUGCAAGGCUAAUGCGAAUGGUCAAGCUUUUCCUCAUCGACGAGGUUCACAUACUCAAAGACUCCAGAGGUGCUACAUUAGAGGCUGUGGUUUCUCGGAUGAAGUCUGUGGGUUCCAUCGUUCGAUUCGUAGCUUUGAGCGCUACAGUUCCUAAUUCUGAAGACAUUGCAACAUGGCUUGGUAAAAAUCAUACAUCUCAGCAUCUACCUGCGAUACGCGAGAAGUUUGGAGAGGAGUUCAGGCCUGUCAGACUACAGAAACACGUUGUGGGAAUAUCAUAUAGAGGCAACGACUUCGGCUUCGAGAGCGCGUGCGAUCCGAAAAUACCAGAUAUCAUCGCGAAAUAUUCCCAUAAGAAACCAAUUAUGGUCUUCUGCAUCACCAGGAAAUCUGCUAUGAAUACUGCGAGGCUGCUCGCCAAUGUGUGGGCCAGUAAGGGAUCGCGAGACCGCCAUUGGGAGGGCCCCACGCAAAGACUCAUCGUGCAGGACCCCGAGCUGAAAAACACCCUGACCUCUGGUGUUGCGUUCCAUCAUGCUGGCCUUGAAGGUCCCGACAGGCACACAGUCGAGAAAGGAUUUCUCGAGGGACAGAUAAAUGUCAUCUGCUGUACAUCCACGUUGGCAGUAGGAGUCAACCUGCCUUGCCACAUGGUCAUCAUUAAGAAUACUGUGAGCUACCAGGAUGACGGUAUGAAGGAGUAUGCGGAUCUGGAAAUUAUGCAAAUGCUUGGACGUGCUGGGCGUCCCCAGUUCGACUCGACUGCUGUCGCAGUGAUUAUCACAAAACAAGAGAAGGUUAACAAGUACGAAAAACUCGUGUCAGGUGAAGAGUUGUUGGAAAGCUGUCUUCACCUUAAUUUAAUUGAUCAUCUAAAUGCAGAGAUAGGACUUGGUACUGUCUACGAUCUCUACACUGCGAAGAGAUGGCUUGCGGGGACUUUCCUAUAUGUUCGUCUUGGAUUAAAACCCGAGCACUAUAAGCUCGACGGUGACGCAGUGGCACAAAGUCUUGACAACAGAAUCGAGCGUAUAUGCAGGAGAGAUCUUGGGCUUCUGAAGGACACCCAGUUGGUCAAUUCUGGUGAAAGACUCAAAGCUACGGAGUUUGGGGACGCGAUGGCCCGAUAUUACGUCAAGUUCGAGACCAUGCAGGUGUUCAUGCGUCUACAGCCUCGGUCCAAAAUGUCGGACAUUCUCUAUGCCAUUGUUCAAGCAGAGGAGUUCCGUAAUAUACGUCUUCGAGUGAAUGAGAAGAAGCUGUUCAAAGAGAUCAACCGCGCGCACGGCAUCAAAUUCCCUAUCAAAGUCGACCUUGCUAUGCACGCGCACAAGAGGAGUCUCAUAAUUCAAUCUGAACUUGGCGGAGUCGACUUUCCUACGGACGAGCAAUAUGUCAAGCAUAAGAGACAAUUCGUUCAAGACAAGGCGAGUCUGUUCUCCGCCAGUCAUCGAUUGAUAUGUUGUGUGAUCGACUGCCAUAUACACCUCCAGGACGCCGUCACUGUACGACAUGCUUUGGAACUCGCUAGGAGCUUUGGUGCUAGAGUCUGGGAUAACUCGCCCUAUCAGAUGAAACAGAUAGCGCAAAUUGGUCUAGUGGCUAUCCGAAAACUCGCGAUUGGGGGAAUCAAUAGCAUUGAGGCUUUAGAAGCUGCUGAGCCACACCGGAUCGAGAUGCUCAUGAGCAAGAACCCACCAUUUGGUAACAAAUUACUAGCGAACCUAAGGGACUUCCCGAAGCUUCGAGUGUCCGUGAAAAUGAUGGGCAAGGAUUCCACGCGAGGACGGCCAGUCACUAUCAAGAUCCAGGCUGAGUGCGGUUUCAUGAACGACACAGUUCCCAUGUUCUUUCAUCGCAGGCCUAUAUACAUCUGCUUGCUAACCGAAAGAUCUGACGGCUUGCUGGUGGAUUUCCGACGCAUCAGUGCGAAAAAACUCAACAAUGCCCAAGACAUACUCAUGUCUGCCGAAUUGCUCAAUCACACACAGUGUAUUAGGUGCUAUGUCAUGUGCGACGGGAUUGCUGGCACCACGCGAUCGGCAGAACUCAAGCAUGAGUUGCCAGCGUAUCUAUUCCCUCCGCCAUCUCCACAGAAACAAGCCCAGGGACUCACAUACCCGAAAAAGGACACUAGGCCUGGUGGCAAUAUCUCUACAAGCACGUUCCACACAAGUCCAGAGACUUUGGAAGAUGAUGAAUUCGGUGAUGAUGAUUUCAAGGAUCAGGAAGUCAUGAAUGCCGUCAAAGAGACGGACUUUAGUCACAUCGAUGAGUUCGAUCCUAGAUCGAAGGAGAGGAAGCUUGAGCCAAGGGUACGAGAAAGCAAGGCUCCUGAGACCGAGCAAAUUGUUUGGAAACCAGAGAGGCUUGGAAAUGGGAAGUGGGCCUGUAAUCACAAGUGCAAAGACAAGACAGCUUGCAAGCAUAUGUGCUGUCGAGAAGGAGUCGACAAAGCACCUAAGGCCCCCAAAAGUUCUUUCAUAUCUGCGGCAACCUUAGUCGAUCCGUCCCACCUCUCAGGUCAUAAAGGUAAGAAUGGACGUGUGGCCACCGCGAACAGUUCUGCAGCUCCUAGUGUACCCGCAACAGAACAGAAGGCGGAGACUGAGACAGUCGAUCUUGCAAGCCGCCAGACAUUGGGGGGCUGUGAGAAAAUGCCGUUCAAAGGAUUCGGGAGCCUGAAUCGUCUGCACGAAAAUGUGACUAAAGGAAGGACCGCGUCGGUGGUGAUGAAGAAGCAGCCAUCCUUUGAUUAUACGAAAGGGGGAACGCCACAUAUUUCGUUCCUCACCAAAGAUGCUGGCGCUGAAAUAUCGAGCGACAAACCGUCAACUGACUACGACGCGGAUUGUAUGGGGGACCUCCCUUCUCCAUCUGCCCUUUUAAGAGAGCCAGCGGGAGACCCCGACCCUCUUCCCGAGCAUACAUCAACAGAUUAUAAUAGCAGCUGGCCUGAUGGUCUCACGUUCCCUUCUACUCUCAUCCGCCAGAAUGAUGCGGCUACCGGCAAUUACCCAGACAAUGAUUUGCUGGAAGGUUUCGAUCCGUCGCAGUCCAAUGACGAUGAAUCCGACCUUGAAGCGGCCAUGGUGGGACUGAGCGACUCGGUAACCAUGCAGGAGGAAAAGUCGCAAGUCCAAGCAGCGACCCUUCGGACGAGUUCCCAAGCAGAAGCUUUCCCGCAUUGGUCGCCACCUCCAGACGAACCUACUCCUAAGCUCGACCACCGUCCUGCAUUCAAAACGGAGAGCUCAGGCACGUCCGAGCUGUUCUCCGCAACAGACAGCGCUGAAAAGGUUGGGGAACUACGGCAAAAGCGCAAAGCAGCGGUCAGUGUUCAAGCGGAAGAUCUAUCCCACUCUGCGCCGGUACCGAAGAGGCCGAGAGACAGCGAUGAGCGCGAUCAGGCUCCGAGAUCUUCGUCGAGCGCAAAGAAGGAGUUCAAAGCACCAGCCCCAAUGAUCAAGUCGGGACAGCCGGCGUGGGUGUAUGGGUUUGAUCCAGGCUUCAUUGCAGAGUGGCAGGACCUUGUCGACUUUGUUUGA